CAUCAAACGAUCAGUAAAUCCAGAGCAUCCAAACAAUAAACAAACUAUUCAAAAAUGUUCUCCUUAAAGUGCAUUCUCUUGGUGGUCUCCUGCCUUAUACUAAAUGCUACAGCUUCACCCAUAGAAUUUGAGGAAUUCUAUGAACUUCAACCUCAAGAUGCUGUCUACUAUGAAUAUGAACCGGUAUUAUCCAGACAAGUAAGAUCACCUCAGGGUGGCAACAUUGAUUUUGGUGUCAAAAAAGAUCAAUAUGGACGUGAAGCCUCAGUCAAUUACAAUCACAAUUUGUAUAGCAGCAGUGAUGGUCGAGGAUCAAUUGAUGCUUAUGCACAAGCUUCUCGUAAUUUCGACUAUAAUCGUAAUGAUUUUGGUGGUGGCAUCCGUGGCUCCUGGAGAUUUUAAAUUAUUUAUACAUUGUUUUGUAAUUGGUAGAAAUAAAUGACUGAUUAAUUUAUUUAAAAUA